AAUUGUUCGAGGUUGGCCUGGAGGCGGGAACGUUAAUCGAACUUGUUUAUAUUCGUCAUUUGUUGGCCAGUGGAGAUUAGAUGCUGUGCUCCGGCCUGGAGUAAUCUUAUGGAAUUUCGACUUGCCAAGGGCCGUCGCCGGUAGAAUGGGUUGUGGGAAUAGUACGGCAAGAGCAGAUAACGAAAACGGAGGCUCAAAAUUUGAUUUUAGCCGACGAAACACGUUAGUUGAGAAGCCCAAUGUCGUGGUGGAGAUUGGGAAAGGGGUGAUGAAAAUCGACAGGGAACGGCGUAUCGUGUUUAUUUUCGGUAGGUAAAAAUCUUGUCGUUUUUUAUUUGAUCCGUAAUCUUCCUCUCCAAACAAGCCUUCCGGUAAGAAUUACGCUCAUCGUUUUUUUUUUCGCAUGACCUUCGCAACUGCCAAAUUAACAGGAUACUUUUGAGAACCAACUGGCAUGGCCCUUACGGUACGUUUGAAUGUGACGAAUAAUUCUCGCGUUUAUAAUUGCAUGUACUUUGACCUAUAUUUUUUCCACUUUAAUCUUUCUCUGAAAUCAAAUUUGCUUUCAACUGGCUUGGAAACGUUCUUUGAAAUGCAAAGCCGCUACUAAUUGUUUGAACACCAAAGAUACCAACAAGAGAACCAUUUUGUUUCUGAGGAAUCGUAAGCUUAAAUUAGUGAAAAGUUUAAUGGCAUUGGUCUUUGACGCCACUUAAAUCUUUUGUCUGUGAAAUGCUCAUCAGCCAAAGAGGCAGUAAAAAUUGCACAGAUGUUUAUAAUGGAAGAAAUCCAUUUUCACCUUUGUUGGCAUUGUGUAUAUUGUGUCUUCUUCGCCACUUCAGUUGAUGAUUGAACCCUAUUGUUAAUUUCCUUAGCGAUAUUUUAAUGCGAUAUUGCUCGUUCGACACUCUGUUUUCAAAACUUUAAGAUUACAGUGUGUUAGGUGAUUGUUAUAAGGGAGCAUUAUUGAGAAUUUUUGUCCAAGAACAAGGACAAUUAUUUUUUUGCUCUGAAUGUUAUCACCGAUCCGCAAGAAAUUUUUAAUUAUACUGAGAGUUAUUCCCUUCACGUUUCACCUGAGCAUAAAAAUAAUUAAAGUUUAUGGUCAGGGUAAAUGUCAUUUAUUAUGCAUACAUUUUUAAUACUAACUGUACUCGUUGUCACUGUGAGAAAUGCCUGACUAACUAAGCUGCACUCCAGUGGCUGGGAAAUUUUUAGAACUGAGACUUUCGCACUUUUUAAGUAUUAUGGAUUGACACUUAGCACAGAGCCCUUCAGUAAAAAGGUAUACUCCUAAUGUGUUUUAUAAAGCCCGGUUUCCAUAUGAUCAUCCCGAUUACCCCGUCAUUUAAAAAAGUUUCAAGAUGAUCCCUAAGACUGGGACAAUUGGUAGUUUCCAUAUAAUCUUCUCCAUGGCCUCAAGACAAGAGGUGCGUGGUCGUCAGUGAUGUUUCUGGGUCGGACAAUGGAAUUUUGCAUGUGUUUUGUAAAUAAGCCAAUCAUGAUGGUGAAUUUUAAUUGACAAGUGAAUUUUGUGGCUUGCUAUCUGCUUUUUCUCUUGAUUUUUUGGCAGAGAGAAGCUACAAGAGUUCCUUGAAGACAUAGUGUCAUGUCAAGAACUUGAUAGAUUAACGGACUUUCUCUUUUUUUUAAUUGCACCCAUACACAAUGUGAACAUAUUUGUAUUAUUAUUUUUUCAACUUCCGGAUUACUGGAAUGGGGAUGAUGAUUUCUGGGAUAGCCUUUGAUCGUCCCCAUCAUCUCAGUCAUCUGAGAGCAUUUCUAUAUGAUCGCUUCAGAAUCUACACGAUCGUCCUGAUUGUCAGGAUAACACCCAGUUCUCUCCAAGCGAUCUAGGUCAUCUCAGUCAUCUGGGUUGUUUGCGAUUGUCUGGGUUGUGAUUCCAUAUGAUUGUCCUUACCGUCUGAACAUUAUUUGGGAUGACCAGUAUGAUCAGGACAAUCUGGACGAUCAUAUGGAAACCAGGCUUAAGGUUUGAACAGUUAUCUUUUAAGGUCAAGUAAUACAGGCAACAUUGUUGGAUUACAAGUGAAAAAGCAUUUUUGUCCGUGUUACAACCUGUGCUCAACUUGUCACGCAAUAAAUUUCCGUUUUGCAAGUUGCAGCAACACUUUACGCAUAGUACACCCAAGUUCUGCUUUUUGCAACAAACUUUCAGUUUUUAUUACUUGGAUCACAAUGCGUGUGAUUGGUCAGUUCUCCUGCAUAAAAAGCAUGGGGAAGGUGGUGAGCAUGCACACUAGACCUCAAGCAUGUCUGUUUUCAUGUGACUAACUUUCAGGAUUUCAGGCAUAAGUGGUAAAGAGCAGGACUUGUUUCUGAGAAAUUGAUAGCUGCAAAGAUUGAGUGACUGAAAGAGUUCCUCUAUUUGGAUAGUUAUGGUAAAGAAACAGCAAGACAUUAGACUGUUUUAAAAUCAUGCAGUACAAUCGUGUCAAGUAGUUAAAUACCUUGAAAGAAUUCCAUUCACUUUCUCCCCUGUCCUGACAAAUUCCACUUAGUUUGUCCUAUAUCUAGAAUAGAGCAGUAGCCCAUCUUUAUUAAUUUGUAGUUUGGACAAGAAAAAAAAACUUGAACAAAUUUCAUAUCAAAUGAUAAUGUUUUGUCCUCGAAAAAAAAAUUGAGUGACAGAGCUCUAAACUAUAAUUUGUCAAUUUAAAUAAAUUUGCUUUUAGAUGAUGUAGACCCGUUUGUUUGGCAUAUCUGUUCAGCCAAGUCUCCUUUGCUCACCAGUUAAAUGGAUGCAAAAACUCCUCAACCUAAAGAUUCAAUUUUUACAUGACUUGUUUAUUUUUUCCAAAUAGAAUAUGUAAAUACUUGCCUCGAUCCUUUUAUAUGGUCACAUUUAUUCAUUAAACGGCCAUGUUUAGAAGCAUAACAUUGACAGAAAAAUUGGAAUGAAAAAUUGCAGAAAAAAUUAGUUUUUUUGUGAUUUCUAGGUGGACCUGGAUCAGCAAAAGGCUGUAUUGUCAAUGACCUGAAAGCCAUGUUUAGCUUUGCCUUUGUAUCAGCAGAAGAUUUAAUUUUACAAAAACUUCCAGAGAAAGCCACUGAACAGGGUCUUGAACCCAUGUCAGGAACACAUGGACUUGCAGAACUUUUGAAAAACAAUCCAGAUGUUCUCACAUUGGACUGGGUUUUGGAAAUUCUUGAAGAAGAGAUCAAGAAAUAUCCUGAUCAACCAAUUCUGGUGGACCUAAUCCCAAAUCUUAAAUUUAUGAUGAGAGUGGAUGGAUUCAUCAAGAAAUGUGACAAAGAAAUGGAAGAAUUUGAAAAGAGGGUGAGUGUUGGAACUGUUGUGUAAUGAUACUAUAUUUCAUGUUAUUUCAGGCAAGCUUAGUGAGCCUACUGCCCUGGGCAUCAGGGGGCAUUCUUAUUUCAGGUAUUUACACUUCAAGUUGGUUAAUUCAUCAUCUAAGAUAUGCAUGGGAGUAGUCCGUAAAUGAGCUUUUGCAGGGUACAUUGUAGUGAUAGGGGAAAGUGAGGGCUCUCACAACCCCCACUACCAACCUCUCCUGAGGGUUUGUGUGGGAGCUAGUAUGGUAGCUAUUACAUGAAGAGGUGCCUGCUGUGUGUGGCCGGCCUACAAUGAUGAGAAAUGAGCUUUGCUUCUGAGUUACGACCUUUCCCACUGCCUCACCAGCAGAAGAAUAAUAAUUAAACUCAAAGGUAUAUAUUACAUGUACUUCAGUGCAGGGCAAAGUUGUUAUAACUUAGUUCCUCUUUCCACCAGUAAUAAACUCUCAUUUUCCAUACAUUAGCUUCAAUUGUAGCUCCAGAACACUGUACUACUACUAGGGCUGAGCUCAAGAGGUUGCCUGGGUGGUAACUUAUUUUUGUCUUUGAGUUAUCAGAAAAAUCAUAUUCUCUCAGACAGACCUAUAUGCUGGGCAACCAGCUGGAAAUAUGAUUGAAUUAAUUGAAUGAAAUAAUUAUAUCUACAGUAUAUUUUUAAAUUUUUAGUUCCCAUGUGCCUUUGCCUUGAACUUGACGUUAUCAAAAGAGGAUCUUUUAAAAAACAUAAAGAACAGUCAUUCUCCAGCCUGUGCAAAGCCUCCAAGCUCAGAUCCAAGAGAUGCGUCCUCUGACCAAGGUGAUGAAAUGGAUACAAGCAGAACCAAACGCCGUUUUGUACUUUAUGAAAGGUCUGUACAAGAUUUCUUAAAUUACUUCAGUAUUGGGGACAGAAUAGUGAGGUUUGACACAUCUGCAGCGCAAGUGCAGCAUAUCUGGGAUGCUAUGAUGGACUUCUUUGCCGCAGAAAUGGAUUUUAGUGCCAACAGAGUCAUUAACACCGUGGUACUUUUUUCGUUUGGUAUGUUACAUUAACUUUUUUUUUUCUUUGUUCUGUGCAUGGCUUCUAAUGAUAUGCAAUCUCACGGUGAAUUGCAUUAAAAAUCUCUUAAUAGAUUAUAUAACAUUAUUACAUACUGUAAUCUGGAAAAAAUAUCCUGUUCUUGACAACUGUUGUAGUCAUGGCCAGCAUCAUACAUGUGUCUGUGUGAUCAGCCUGAUAAUGAAUAAAAUACCAUGCUUUCAAUCUUGUACAUUGUACAUGGAGAAAAAAACGUGAAAGGAAAUUCUAUAGCACUACAGACUGUUUUUUUAAAAUCAGUCUGAUUGUAGGCCUGAUUUUGUCAUGGCACUUUCUUAUAGGUUAAACGUUUGGUCUAAAUUAAAUAAAAUAAAACAAAUAACGAGAGAGAACAACAGAAACAGAGAACAACUACAUAGUGUUUCUUCAUCUACACUAGACCUUUCCCGCACUACGCUCCAGUGAGCAAACGUGAAGAAAUGAGGACAAGGCUCGGUUGGACAAUUUCAUACAAAUCACAGUAGUUUGUCCACCUGAGCUUCGAGCUUGUACCUUUGUUUACAGGAAUGCAGGAAAGGUCUAUUCCUGGUCAAAUUGGAAUUUAGAAGUGUUGGUUUUUUUAGAAGGGGAAAUCCGGAGUAUAGGGAGAAAAAUCUCUUGGAACAAAGAAAAGAACUAACAACAAACUCAAGCCACAUAUGGCGUUGAUGCGGGAAUUUGAAUUUGGGCCAUAUUGGUGGGAGGCGAGUGCUCUCACCACUGUGCCACCAUUGCUUCUCUUGCACUCUAAGUUGCAGAAUGAAAGUGGAUUGGUAGAUAUAUGUUUGGCUAACAUGCACCGCACUACAUCCAUUGACUAUAGCAUUAUAGACCGGCCUUAAAAUAACCUCCAUCUUUUUGCAGACGAAGAAACAUACAGGUCAAUAGAUACCAGUAGAUAUCCCAUGAAGGAAAUUCUACUAUCUGAGCUAACUGAAAAACCUCAGGCACCUGCUGUAAGUAUUAGCUUCUGAGACAAAGCAUUCUUCGUUAUUUUCAUUUUUUUUUCCUUAUCUUCACAUUGGAAGAAAAUGAUAGACUAAGUGACUGCUGUAUCAUAAGCCUGUGCCUGCAGGUUCUCGGAUAUUAUAUGCGUAUGAUGGAGCUUGGAACAGGCCACUGUAUUAUUUUCUAACCAUUUUUGUCAAUGAAUUCCUUACCUAGUAAGUUCGUCUGGCUGCAAGUAAUUCUGUUGGACUUUCGUUAUUCACUCCACAAAUCUGUGAAAGACAUCAGACAGGUGUUUCUAGAAUCACUUGGCCCUCAUUCCAAAGUGCAUCAUGAUGUGUAGUGGUUGGCUGUGUGUAAUUCCACAGAUAGAUGUACAUUUUCUUCACAGCUUAUAAAUGAUAUUUUCUUUUUACAGGAGGAUGUUCUUUCAGUGCUUGCCAAGCAUUUAGAUGAAAGUGCUUUGCAGACACGUUCAUUCUUGGUUGACGUUUCAGGUACAUCAAUUGAUAAAGAACAUAUCUGUGAUCAGGUAAACCUUAUAGUAACAUAGAAUAAGUUUAGUUACAAGCCUAGGAUUUCGUCCAAAUUAAGAACAUGGUUCUGGAAAAUUUAAAGGGCUUAACUUAUUUAGCUUGUGGUGAAGAGUUUAACAUUCUUUCUUUUUAAGACUUUUGCCUUAACCUCUCAGAAUAUUGCAAUCGACCCGCGCUUUACUGACAGUAUUCUUUGUCCCUGGGGAAAGCCCUUACAUUUUCCCUAAUUUAAACCCGCUUUAUACGGACACUCGUUAAUCCCAAAAACAAACUCUUGUUUCUUGCAAAAUCAACAGAUUCUCAUAAAAAUUCUACCUCGCUAAUGCGGACACUUUAUUGGCAACUACCCUUUCCUUUUUGAAGGUGGAAAAAACGUCUGUCGACACAGCAUUUCGAUGUUCCCAGCGCUAAAGUGCACCGGAUAGGAUGAAUUGUAGACGUCAAUUUCGGACUUAAUUUUCGCACAAAACAAGUUUUGCAGAGGAGAACGUUUUUGAUUGGGGUAAUGUAUAGAUGAGCGAUUUUAGGUGUUGCCGUUUACAAAGUCUGCGAAAGGACGGCUUUGUGAAGGUCAGAGAUGUUUAAUUUGAUGAUGCCAAUGUUUUUUAUUUCUUUUAUUAACCCAUUCGCCCCUGAACCGCCCGUAACCGCCCGUGCGGAUCCAGGUCCUUUCUACCCAUUGUGACGUCAUCAGUUUUAACGGUCCAGGACAACUUUCUUCACUAACUUGUGCAGAGUGAAGAGAUAAGUGUUCGACCUGUAAACCAGUUUGUGGUAAGUUUUAGCUCUUUAUAGCACGACAGUGACCAGAAAACCACUCGACUAGCUUCAAAACGCGUUUUUCGGCAAAAUCUCUAGGAGCGAAUGGGUUAAAAAAAAAAAAAAACACGACCCGCUUAAUACGGACACGUCGUUGGUACGGAAGCUUUGUGUGGCCCCUUCAGUGUUCGAAUUAACGGCGUGUGACAGUCAUUAUAUAAAUGCUGUCUCGUAGAACCAGGUCGUAAGUUAGAUUUCACUUAACUGCGAAUAACAGCAGUUGUUCGGGCAGUAAAGGCGUUUCCUUCUCUAAAAAGCUGGUCUCAGAUUGCUAUGGAUAACUUCUAACACAAGAAACUGUUUUCUAUUUUUCAGUUCACAAGACCACAGAUUCUUUUUGUUGAUGUCGACAUUGGACAGUUAGAUUACUUCAUGCACGGUCUGAAGCGGAAAACUAACAGAAAGAAAUCCAUUUUUCGGAAAAAAGCUCAGAUUUACAAGGCAGUGAGCUCGACAGAAAACGAAACUUUACUCUUCCCAGAACACGUUGACACGGAGAUCUGCAGAAGAAUCGCUAUCUGUUUAGCAGACCAAAGAACCGCACACUAAAUUAAAGGAAAGCUUAUCUGUAGUUAAAAAAAGAAACUUCCUCCUUGUUUUUAAAUAUUUAUAAAGUUUUUCGAACUCGAUCCUAAAAGUUAAAUUGAACUGGAAUGUUUGUCAAAGCGUUGUACAGCAAUUUUGUCGAUGUUGAAGGUUUUUACUUUCUCUAAGGUGUUUCUACGGUGUUUGUAAAGCAAGUCGGCGAUUCUUCGAUAUAUUACCAGAGUUUUAUAUUUUUGAAAAAAAAGAGAGGGAUUAUUUAUUAAAAAUGAUUGUUGAUCUGAUUUGAUUAGACAUGUUAGAUAUUUGACCUCGUUUGUACAUGGC